UCAAACUAUUUUGGAAAAAAUUCAAAAUCACAGUGUUCAGUACAUUACAGAAAUUUCAUCUUGGAGAAAUAAUUAUGGUUUAGUUUUCGUCCCGCAUUAAUUGUAGGAGAACAAUUGAAACGCAUAUAAAACUUUCCAUAUAUACGUAGCCAUGUUAAAUAGUCCUGCUUUUUUCAAGUCAUGAUAUUGACAGAUCAAGUAAGGUUUUUUCCAUCUAAUCGGCAUGUUGCUUUAUUUUACAAAAUUAUACUUUAUUGACAAAAGAGAUAAUUGAAAACCUAAAAUAAACAUUGUGUUAAGUAAACUUGUCAGACUUAACCAAACAUUGCACAUGUCUUAAAACAUCACAUGACAAAUAAUUGAUUUUGUGUUCUUGGUCAAAUUGAAAAUCUUAGUAAAUAAGAAGGAGAGGUAAUGUCUUCUUCAUUGCAGCCUGGCAUGAGUUCUUAUUGCAGAUUUCCCUUUAAAAAUAAGAAAAAAAUAAAACUCGGCUUAAUUUGACCGAAAAUGAAGAAUGGUCCUCGGCAUUUCUUCGCAAAACUAUUUUUUAUCAGAAGUAUUUUUUUAAGUCUUGCUUGAUUAUUACAUCGACUCUCUUUCCUCUCAAACAGACAAAUAUUUCCCUCAACAUGAGAACUUUAUUGUUCAUCUGUGGAAUUCUUCUUUUUGCCAGUUUUACGAAAAGUAAGUAUCGACAACUCUAGUGGAGAAUUAUGAUUAAGUGUUCCACUUUUAAGGUGGCUAUGUAACAACAAGAUAGAACAUUUCCGACGUUGCAGAAACUUAGAGCUUGGAAAGUCAUUUGUUAUCAAGGGUUUACCAAUACCCUUUUUACAAACACGGAGGCAAGCGUUAAACUUUAUUCAUGACAGUCUUUAAUCUGUUGUAUUCUAAAGAUUCCCCGUCAUUGGUAAACAAUUUUCUACAGUACCCCCAAUAUAUUCUCUUAUUGCGGACAACUGAUCUCCCCUCUGUUCCCCCCUGAAUACCAUUUGAUCCUCCAAAAUCCCAUGACCUCCCCAACCAGGUGGCAAAUUAUCACUCGUCCCUAAUAUUUUUUAAAACUUGUAGGCUCAGUUGGAAACCCGGUGCCAAGUGAAGGUAAGUUGUUUGAGUAAAGUUUACGUCUGGUGUGACUUUGGUACAUUUUCUGCAGCAAAUGCGUUCAUAAAAUUUAAGAGUUGUUUUUUUUUCUCUUUACAUUUAUGUUUUAGCGGAGGCUGGCGCUUGUAGCGUGGAAAACAAAGAAUGGCAAAUUGGAUGUGACCAUUGCUAUUGCCGAAACCAAUCAGUGUUUUGUGAAACAGACCCAGGCUGCGAGGAAAAAAAAUAAUGAUGAUAAGUACGAAUUUAUCUGGUCACUAGUAUUUGCAUGAUCCUUCAAGGCUUGUGUGUCAUUCUAUAUAUUCCAUGACUUCCUCUGGUUAACUUGAAGUUUAGUUCCCAGGCGUUCACUCUCGCCUAAUUUUCCGCGCAAAGCCUGGGAAUUAGCGAGGGAGUGGCUUUCGAUGGCGUCACGAGUCCAAGUUUGACCAACCUGAGAACGUGAUAGAAUUUUGUUGGAUAUAUGUAGUUUUGUCUUGUAAGAAAUUGUAAUGUUUGUCCCGCGCGCGACAAAAAAUUGAUAUGCAAUUGAAGUGCUUUAAAAACCUUGAUGUAAUCGUUAUUUACUUCUUAUGAAAUCUUCAACUUUAUCGCCAUUGGAUAUGAAAUAAAUAUACUAGUUGUGAUACGGUUGGAAUUAGCUUCUCUUCUAAUGUGUCUAACAAUCCAGUAUCCCUAUAAACUCGGUGAUUAAGUAAAAGGGUCUGGGUACAAGACUAGGAUUAUACAAGUCCAAGCGAUGCCAAUCAAACCCUUUGAACCUCGUUCUCAAUCGUAUUGUCCAAGAGAGGACCAUGGCUAUGAGUUUGAUAAACUUAAAACAUGAACCUUUGUAUGUAACUUUCCAAUAAUGUUAUCAUAUCUCACAGAUUUUAUAUAUUCUCUCUUUAGGCAUUUGAAUUUUCGUGGGGGCUUUAUCUUUAAAAGGAGCAAGACAUCAUCCCCACCCUUUGGUUGGAGAUCGAGAGUU